AUGGCUUUGAGUGGCAUCGUUUCAGAGUUUGUGGGGCCUUAUAAUGCAGUGGUUCAAGAGGGUGUACGUCUUAACUACCCAGAUAAUACGUUGGCCGUUCUUGUGCUGAAUACACCGUCGUUUUUUGGAAAAACUUUCAAAGCAUGGUUGUUGAGUCAUUGGAAUAAAGGCGAGAGUGUUGAGGACGUGAAAAGAAAAGUCGGUGCGCAUCCCAUUGAAAGUUUCUUCAAUUGGAAAUUCGAACAAAUUGAGAAGGUCUCUCUCGUUUUCGUUCAAUUCCUUAUUCAAUAUUUGUUUUGA